AUGAAGGGGAGCACUGUUUCUGACCAAUAUAAUUAUGGUCCUACAUCUGGACAUGCAGAUGAUCAGAAAAGGGAGCCUUGUGUUGAAAGAGGCCACAUCUUCUCUCCUGCUUCUUACUAUGCAUCUGUAAUAUCACACCUCCUUAGCCAGCCAGAAGCUAACUGUGAGCUGGAUCCAAGUUUUCUUCUCCCUUCGCCACAGAAAACUGAACUGGGGUUCCAAAGUAGUGGGAACGGGGCAUCUUCCAGGGAAGCCUCCUCCAUGAAUCAGUUGCCUGUGUACAGCUUGAGUAACUCUAGUCAUAACAAACACCUACAGGCUAAGAGGGCCAGGGUAGAAAAUAUUAUUCGGGGAAUGAGCAUCAUGCCAACCCCUAUAGUGCCUGGUACCCUAGGAGAAGGUGACCAAUGCCAGGCUGGGAAAGUAAAGGAGGACUAUAGAGAGAAUAAGAGAAAGCAGAGGCUUCCUCAGCAGCAAAGUCUGCAUGAGAAUUCUCUGGCAAGACCUGGCAGAAGCAGUGUCCCAACUGAAGAAUGCCUCCAGCUGAAAAAACAGCUCCAUGUUUUGCAGCUUCAGCUGAAGCAGCUGCAAGAGAGGUUCCUCCCAUCUUCCGAGCUCAAUGGUUCCAGUCAAAGCCAAGGAAGUAUGGAGAAGAUGAUGGACCUGUUGAAGGAGAAGUUUGGGCAAAGUUUGGACAACAGCAAUCAAUCUGUCAUAAGUGACCGAUACAAAGAUAAUGUUCAGAGACACAUUCCCAAGAUGAGAGGACCUGAAUUGUUGGAAGAAGAAACAGGAAUGAUGGAUUCAGGAAUUUCAACUUCAGAAGAAAGACCUCUUUCAGAGAUAUUAAAACAUGAGUUGAUCCAAGUGGUGACGCAGGCUGUGGACUCUGUUUUGAAAAAAGCCUUGUCUAAGUCAGCAGGCCUCCAAUCUCAGUUACCCAAUGGCCCUCGGGUGUCCGUGUCCCCCACUGGGAGAGAAUUUGUAGGUGCUGGAGAAAAUGCAUCCAGUCAAUGUCUUCCUAAGAUGUCUCCUUAUAAAGCCUCCAUGUCACUAAUCACAGAGAAACCUCCAGCCUUUCCUACUUAUCCCAUCCAGUCAAAAAUGGAGAGAAAACUGUGCCAGGUACCACCUGCGAAUUGUCCCUUGAUCAUGACCUCUUCUGAAGUUCAAGGAAGUGGCAUUUUUAGCCAGAUGCUACUCUGUGGUCAAAAUGGCCAAUGGAGCAGUCCCCCUCCAAGAAUAGUAUCUUCUCCAAAGUCCUUAGAUGUGCCAUGGCAGCCAAUCAAACUGAAGCCAUCUGUCAUGAGACAACAACGCUGUCCAACAUCCUGUAGAUCAGCUGAAAUGGAAGAUUACAUCCAGGAAGCUUUGACCCCAGGCCAUCUAAAAAAGGCUAAGCUGAUGUUCUUUUUCUCUCGCUACCCGACCUCAUCUUUGCUGAAAGCCUACUUCCUAGAUGUCCAGUUCACCCGCUGUAUCACCUCCCAGCUCAUCAAGUGGUUUAGCAAUUUCCGUGAAUUUUAUUACAUCCAGAUGGAAAAGUUUGCCAGGCAAGCCCUCUUGGAAGGAGUCACAGAUCCCAGUAACCUCAUUGUCACCAGGGACUCUGAGCUCUUCCGGAUCCUCAAUGUGCACUACAACAAAGGGAAUGAUUUUGAGGUUCCUGAUGGUUUCCUGGAUGUUGCCAGUCUGACCCUUAAGGAAUUUUUUAGUGCUGUCAGGGCAGGGAAGGACUUGGACCCUUCCUGGAAAAAACCAAUUUACAAAAUAAUUUCCAAACUUGAUAGUGAGAUCCCAGAUGGAUUUAAAUGCGCCAGUUUCCCCAAGGAGUUGAUCCAAGGUUAA